AUGCCUGUGUCUACCGCCUCUUUCAUCACCUUGCUCGGUGCCUUCGUCACCACGACUCUCGGGCACGGAUACGUCACCGGCUAUGUAGCGGACGGUGUGCAGAAACCUGGCUUCUUGCUGGAUUACUACUAUGACAAGAAGAACGGAGGGACCGUGCCUCCGCUAGCCGCUUGGUACGCCGAAAACCUCGACAGCGGUUUCGUCGCCCCCGACGCUUACCAAACCGCCGACAUCAACUGCCACAAGAACUCCGCCCCGGGCUCACUGACGACGACGGUAAAAGCCGGCGGCUCCGUGGUAUUCCAGUGGGGCACCUCGGCAGGAGGAGCGUGGCCGCACCCGUACGGCCCCAUCAUCGACUACAUCGCUCCCUGCGACGGCGAUUGCAGCAAGGCAGACAAGACGAAGCUCAAGUGGAUCAAGAUCCAGGCUAGCGGCAUCGACGCGGCCACGCAGGAGUGGGCGAGCGCGAAGCUGAUCGCGAACAACAACACGUGGACGACAACGAUCCCCAAGUCUAUCGCGCCCGGCAACUACGUCCUGCGACACGAGAUCAUCGCUCUUCACGGCGGAGGGUCGCUAAACGGCGCCCAAUCCUACCCCCAGUGCUUCAACAUCCAGAUCACGGGUUCGGGCACGGCGAAGCCCAGUGGAACCCUCGGCACUGCGCUGUACAAGAACACUGACCCGGGUAUCCACUUCAGCCCGUACGGUACUAUUACGGACUACCCGAUGCCCGGCCCGGCGCUAUUCACUGGUUAG